GCCACAACUAAACUCAAAGAGUAACCCGCUGUGCGUUUGGAUCAAUCGGAUCAAUAAGAAGUGGAAAUCUCGAUCGGUGACGGAGAAGAUGAUCGUUUGCAUCGCCGUCGUUGGCCAUCAGAAUAAUCCAUUGUACAUACAGAGCUUCACUGAAGCAGAUGAUGCGCUCAAGCUUCAUCAUAUAGUUCAUUGUUCUCUCGAUGUUGUUGAUGAAAGAGUGAACAACCCAAAAAAAUCUGGACCAAUGAUAAAUGAGACAUUUCUUGGUCUUCUAUAUCCAACUGAAAAUUACAAAGUGUAUGGUUAUCUAACCAACACAAAGGUUAAGUUUAUCCUAGUCACAACUGACCUUGAUGUCCGUGAUGCAGAUGUAAGAAAUUUUUUUAGAAGGUUUCAUUCUGCAUAUUUAGACGCUGUGUCAAACCCAUUUCAUGUCCCUGGUAAAAAGAUAACUUCCAAGACGUUUGCUGAGAGGGUCAGCACUAUUGUUAAGUCGGUUAGCUUCAAUACAGCUGGAUGAAAUGAAACGAAACUUAAACUCUGUAUCUAUCUUUUAUUUCGUUUCCAAUGUGUUUUGAUAUUUGAGUUUUGAUUUAAUAUUUUUAUCAAGACCUUUUUUUUAUAUC